CAGUUGUCUACGAUCUUACUCGCAUUUGGAGGGCUUGUCUCUCAAGAGCUAUCUGUAAGUGAAACCUCAACUACACAAAGGAUUUGUUCUGACCACUCCUCAGAUCUGCUUCACUCCGUUUGCAAACGACUGCCUCAACACCAAAUCCGAGGCACACCCAAAAGCCUCGAACCCUAUCAGUCAACGAAAUUGCGUCAGCCUUUCUGUCAACCGGGUUCUCGGAACUGAAAUUUGGAACCAACAUCCGCCCACGCACGCGCAACCUCGUGGCAACCACGCGCCGCAAUACCCCCAAGGCAACACAACGCUGCACAAACACGCUUCCGCCAUGUGCGACUGGGAAGAAUUCCAAUUCGUCUGCGGCCACAACUCCAGCCGCCUGCUCUCCUACUGCCACUUCGCGCGGACGGACCCCUACCACCAAUGCUUUGGCGUCAAGGUCAUCAAGCAUACGUGGGUGCAGAACGUGGCGUGCCAACCUUGCAUUGAUGCGACGCGUGCAGCGGCAAUGAAGCGGGCCGCACGUGGCGGACGGUAGAUCUUCCAGAAUG